GUGCCUCCGUUCCGAUUAAUGCCUAUUAUGGACCUUAACUAUAGCCAGGCCCUACUAUCCCUCGUAUUUCCUUCGUUAUAUCCGUACAGUAUGGCCGACUUCGUGUACCCCCGCGAACAGACUAUCGACUAUACUAUAUAUAUCCAGCACGCUAUAAAGUAG